AUGGGCCAUGCCUGCAAGUCUGGGUUGGACUCUCCCGUCGAGUCAGAGGACAGUGAUUUCCAGUCUCUUCCCGACUGGGAUUCAAGCUCAGAUGUGGAUGUGAGGAUCUGGAGAACUACUGAAGGGGUGACCAUGGGGAAGCCAGAGGGCAGCAGCCAAGAGCAAGAGACAGACCUUGAGAUGCAGCUGAGUGAGCCUGUCUGGGUGGAUGAUAGUGAAGAUGACCACGAGGCAGAGAAGCCGUGUGAAAGCGACAGUCUUUCCCAGUUCCUCUUGGAGGUAACCCAGAUGUUGGAAUCUUUCUGCAUUAGCAGCACAGAGUCAUCACAGACUUCGUGGGAUUAUUGUGGCUCCGAGAAGCAGAGUGAUGAGGAGGAAGUGGAGUGCCAGGAAAAGACCACAGGAACAGCAGUCUCAGGAGCAGAGGAAAAUCAGCUGCACACCCUGGCAAAAGAUGAGAAAGAACACUUUCUGGGAAGAGAGGACAAGACUCAAGAGCCACCUGAAGAACCACCUUCAGAUGAGCUGCAUCCACCAGAAAUGAGUGCCCAGGCCCUGGAUCAAGGUGACAGUGGCAGCACCUCUGCAUCCCCAGAGCUGGCUUCCACAAGCUCUCCCAACAUGCAGCUGCAGCCAAGCUGGAAUAACCCCCUCCAGAACCUGAUCCUCAAAAAAAAGCUCCUGUCCAUCUGGAGGAUGAUAGCCAGCCACAGGUUCAGCAGCCCGUUCCUGAAACCAGUGUCAGAGAAACAAGCCCCUGGAUACAAGGAUGUGGUAAAGAGACCCAUGGAUUUAAGCAGCAUAAAGAGGAGGCUGGCAAAGGGACACAUUCAGUCCGUGAUGCAGUUCCAGUGUGACCUGAUGCUCAUGUUCCAGAACGCCGUGAUGUACAACAGCUCUGACCACCAUGUGUUCCACGUGGCUGUGGAGAUGCAGCGAGAGGUCUUGGAGCAGCUGCAGGUCUUGGCUGAAGCUGUCCUGUUGACCAGGGACAGGCUGGAGUGAGGCAGGAGGUAACCAGCCCUGCCUGAGGCCUCUCUCAAGUGGAGCAGCGUUGUCUCUCUGGAUCAGGCCAUCUCCUGAGCUCAGGGGAUGUGCUGCCAUGGCCUUGGGUAAACCCAAGGGUUUGGUUGAUGGGUGGAUUCAAAGCCGUUUUUGGGAGGAUACCAUGUUGGAAGCCUCCAUUUUUGGGAAAAGCAGCGAUGUAGCCCUGCAGGGAGAAGAGUUCCCUGGGAUGAAAAGCGAGGGAGAAGAUCCUGUGUGUGGCCAGGUGGAUGAAGCAGGUACAGCCCGUGGGGGUGGCAGGCUGCACACCGGGCACGGCAGCGUUCCCGUGUUGAGAUUGUUGUGCUGUUGUGUUGGGUCGGGUGGGUCCAGCGUUACCGGCUCUGACCACACCCAAUAAACGCCCGUGUUGAAGCUUG